UCACUGACGAUACCGUUGACAUUCUGUUGUGGUGUAUUUUCAGUGGUAGAUUCUAUAUUACGUGGAGUGGAAGUGGGCAUUGGACCAAGACGCACAAGACAAACUAAUAAGGAUAAAGAUCUCCAGUCUACAUCGAAUACAUUUCCACGGAGUACACCCAAAUCAACUGAACAACCAGGCAAUUCUACAACUAAGACUCCUGCUCGAACAAGUAAAACACGACUACUUACACCAUCAAAUUCUUCACAAAGUCAACAAGGAAUUCUUUGUGGAAAUAAUACUACCACACCAGAUUCAGAAAAAGAUAAAACCAAUGUUCGUACAAAACCUACACGUGAACGCAAGCGUAGAACUGAGGAGCGAAGUGAUUGGAGUCCUUCAACCCAAGUACAGACUGCUUUACCAUCUACAGGGAAACGCUCAAAACCAAAGGAUAUCAACAGACAAAGUUUACCUUUAGAGGAGAAAAAAGAGAAAAUUUUAAGUCCUGUGAAAAGAGCAAGGUCGUCCGAUAUUCGGAAAAGUGCAGGAAAUCAAGACAGUAAUCCUCCUGUGUCUCCUACUGUAAACAAAAGGCCAAAGUCAUUUGACAGAAAGCCAACUGUACAAUUAAAAAAGUGUGAUAUUAAUCUAUCUCCAGACAAAUGCUCUGUGGUUUCAAAGAAACGGCAGAUAGAGAAUACUAAAAAAUUACGAAAUAGAAGUGAACCAAGGACUACACCCAGAUCUAUUAAUUCCAAGGAACGUAGACAAAUAUCACCCUCUCCUGUAAAAACUGAAUCCUCCAGGAAAGUUAGUGAAAGAGAAUCGCGCAGAUCCAAAGUUUCAGGGAAACAAACUCGCACAUCACCGGCAGCUGUUGCAAAGAGGAGGAAUGUGGAAGAGCAACAUUGUGAUGUUAAGAAGGCUAGUGACAACGUAGAAGCUUCUAAAUGUGAUUCAGAAACCUCUGUGGUAAAGAGCACAACAGACUCUGACUUAUCACAGGUUACCGAGGCAACUGUUAACAAAGAUGAUGAUACAAAAACAGGAACAGAAUUUAGUGCUUUAGGUAAUAAGGAUGUAUUAACACAUAGUGCUGUGUCUGAUAGUGUGUUGGUGUCGUGUGAUACAGCGGUGACUAGGGCAUGUACAGGUAGUGAAAGUGAAGCUGUCGCUAACGACAGUUCGCACCUAAACGUGGAAACACUGUCAACCGACACAGACGAUAAUAUGCACUUUAUGAAACGGAGGUUGUUAGCAGGUAACAAUUCUUCUGAAAGUAGUAGUAAUCCACCUUCCAAUUCUCUGGCUGGCAUUGACGUCAAUAGAUCACUGACUGAUCAGAUCACCAAAUUAGCUAGGACAGAAAAGCUAGCACUCCAUGGGGAAGACACUGGCAGCUCAAUCAACCAAACCAAAUCUCUGUCCCCUCAAAGUGAGUCCUCAGAUACUGUGGUGCCAUCAAAGGACCUAAGGUCAGAUAGUGUUCCUAUAAAGGACAACGUUUUAUCCAACUACGGUAAUUCCACUCAGACACCCAAUGAUCGGUCAAGUUCUAGGACAAGUGAACAUUCAAGCUAUUCUGGUUAUGGUGAUGAUCGACGACCGUCCUCACGGCUUGACGAUCUGAGAACAUCCAGUAAAAACAGUCCGGCAUCUAGUCCUCUUAUAAUAGAUCGAACAGAGCCUGUACUACCCUACAGGGAUCCCGAAUUAAUGAGGAAAAAUCCAGUUCAGAGCAAUGUGCAAAGCAUGUUGGGACCCCCUCACAAGUCUUCAACAUACCCAGGUGUACAUAACCCCAUCCCAUCAGCACCCCCAUCUGGGAGUCUACCUACCACAACCUCAUUCCCCACCCAUCCCCUCCCUCGCACACAUGUGCUUCCUUCCAUGUCCUAUCAUCCCAUGGGUGCAGCUGCAGCUGCUCAGCUAGGAUUAUCACCAGGCCUGGGACAGCUUGACCAUGCCACUUUGGCAGCAAUUCAGCAGCAGCAACUUGCGUUGCAGUAUUCCAAUUCGUUGCUUCUGCAGCGUUCUGCUGGAUAUCCUCCUCCAGCUAACCUAACCAUGGCCCAACUAGAACUCCUGUGGCAGCAGAAGUACCCCUCGGUACCAGUUCCUCCACAGUGGAUGCUUGCCAGCAAACAGGAGGACCUUCUUCGGGAUAUCUUUAGCAUGAAGGAACGUGAGAUAGAACGAUAUGAACGUGACCGAAUUGAACGUGAGCGUCUUGAGAGGGAACGCAUGGAUCGGCUAGAAAGAGAGAAAAUUGAGAGAGACCGCCAGAUAGAAAGAGAACGCCAAGAAAGAGAACGCAUUGAAAGAGAGCGGAUUGAACGAGAAAAAAUGGAGAGGGAAAGAGCUGAACGAGAACGAGCUGAACGAGAACGCAUGGAGAAAGAGCUCUUGGAACGUGAACGAGAGCGCGAGCUAGAACGUAAACGGAGGGAACAUGAGCAUGAACAGCGGCAGGAAAGGGAAAGAAUUCUCAAAGAAUCUGCGGAUACCUUAGCUGCUGUGGAUGACCAUUUCCAGCAGUCCUUACGGCUUGCUAAACAAAGGGCUCAGCAGUCAGGCAUGAUCUGGGCACCUCCCUCCAUCACCCUUGGCACGGGGAAGAGUGGGCCUCCCAAGUCUGAACAACAGUCCCCUUCCUCCUACCACUACAGUCAUAGCGAGAAGCUUGAUAAACAGGAUAUCAUUAAAAGCAUGGAGGAAAAGGUCAAACAGGAAAGGGAAAGGGAGGAAAUGCGUCACCUUUCUUUUAACACUGAGAUGCUUCGACGGCAUGAGAUCAUGAGGCAGCAAGAACUCUUUGUUGCUAAGCAAGAAGAGUUCAUUAAGGAACGUCAGAAAGCUCUUGCCACAGAACAUAAAUCGGAACAGAAAGUGGAGAAGGUCAGUUCAAGCCGUUCUAGUGAUAACAAAGCUCACAACUACCAACAAGCUCAGGGGUUCAAAGGAUACCCUGUUUCUUCUUCUUCCUCAUCUGGCUCUGGGUCAGGAGUGAAGCAAGAACCUAAUUUUAGUUUGUAUGGCUACCAACCAUUCCAGCAUACUUAUAUAUCACCAGAACAGCUUCAUCUACAUGGUUUGGCAGCUGCAGAGAAACAAAGUGAAGAGAAAAUGAAUAUAGACUCGAAAUCUGGGUCCACUUGCUCAACGUCACCUAAACGACCCAAAACUGGUGUACCUCCACCAUUGAUUAAGGACAUCAAAUCUCAUAGCUCUGUGAUAGUGGAGAACAAGGGUAAAGACAGUGGCAAGUCUGCCAGCCCACGCCCUGCACAUUCACACUACAGCAGUACCAUCCCCAUGCCCCCAUCCACCUCCCCACGACCCCAGCCCAAACCAGCACAUACUCCUGAUCGCCACCAUCACGACCGACCACGCUCAGCUUUAGCCAGUAGUAGUCCCUCAGCAGGUUCUUAUCACCAUGACGUCUCCGGGUCCAUGGAUCUGUCCUCGUCAGGAUCACAUGUAUCAUCACUCAGCUCUCUCAAAGGGGAAAAUAAACAUAUCGCAUCCAACAGCCCACUUAGCCAAGGCAUGAACCAUCAGCAGCUUGCAUCCGCAAUGUUAGGUCAGCCAGUUGACUAUCACCGAGGUAAACCUCCAGCUUCAUCCACAUCAUCCAACGGAUCAUCAGCAUCCAGUAGCAACAGUCACUACAUGUCUGCAGCAAUAGCACAGCCACCCGUGUCCCUCCCUGGGCGCUCACUGGCAUACAGUUACAGUCUCAUUCAGCAAGGUCUUGUGCCAAACCCAAUCUACUCACAAAGUACUGUUAAGUCAAUGUCAUCGGCCCAUAGUGACCAACAGAAGGGAAACACAUCAGCAAGCAUUCCAACAGCCACCUCCCAGUCCAGCAGUUCAGCUGGUCAACAGGGUGUUAAGCGGAAGGUCAUCAAGGAUGGGCCACAACGCAAGAGGCAGAAGGCAGAGAAUGUAGCAAAUUCAGCUCUGAAUGUGCCAGUGACCACUCCGCAGAUAUUGACCAAUCACUCCCCAUAUACAACUACAAGUAGUACAACAUGUACUACAGUGUCUAGUGCUCUUUCCAAUGUCACCAUGACAACCAAAUCAGCUAUGAACACAAUUUCAUCUCCAUCCUCAUCAUUUUCAUCGUCAACAUUAUCUACGUCAUCGUUUAUGUCCUCUCCAUCCUCAUUAGCUCCAGGCUCGCAAACUGCUUCAGGAUUUAUGGAUAGUUUUAAGUCUUUUGUUGAAAAUGCUGUUCAGAAUGCGUUCCUUCAAGACCAGGACUUGAACAAAUCAAGCAAGUCAAAUAACAGUAGUAGCAGUAAUAGUAGUAAACAACAACAUUCAACAUCAACUACAGAGACCAAACCACAACAACAACAACAAUCAUGGCACCCAAUUGGGAAAAGUCCCCCACCUCCUCCGGCUCAAGUGGGACAUACCCCACCCCCUCAACCUGUGGUGCACCACUCUCCCCAGUCUCAAUCUCAGCCCCAAUCUCAACCCCAAUCUCAGACCAAAUCCCAGAACCAACGCAGGAAAAGUGACCCCCUCCAGCUCAGUGCUUGUCUGGAUGACUCCAACUCCCAGACAUUGAGUAGUAGCAGUAGUAGUAUCAGCAGCCAUACGGCCCUAAUGGAGACCAUCAAUCGUGUGGCCAAUGGUCAAAUUGACACAGACAGUGACACCCUCAGUGCUCCUAGUCCCCCACCCCAUGUCAAAUCAGACAGUACCUCCCCACACAAGUCCGGCAAUGCACCAAAAUUGAAAAAAGCAUGGUUGCAGCGCCACUCGGAUGAAGACAAGGAAUUGAAAAAUUCACCAGUUCCUCAUGGAGAUAGUCGUGAGCAAAAGGCAGAAAUUGUGCGAAAUUGUUAUGUGAAUUGUUCUUACAUCUCACCCAGUAAGGAGGGAGGAAGCCGUUCCCCAAUCAGUGCUCUUAGAAUCAACGGUAACCUCAAGGAUCACUCCAUUAGUAAUGAUGAGUCCACUACAUCUGCAUCAGAGACAGAAUCAGCUCAGAAUCCAGAAGUUCCAGGAAAAAAACGACAGAAAAAGCGAAAUAAUGUGAAUAAAAAACAACGACAAGAACAACAGAGCGAGGCUGUGGUAGACAGUAUCCCUAAUCCUACCCCAAACACUAAUCCCACCCCAGUGGGCAAAAAGAAGGGCAAGAAGAAUAAGGAGAAAGAUAAUUCUAAGGUCAUAGCAAUUCUGGGAGAUUACUAUAAUAAGGAGUCCAGUGAGGAUGAACGAAGCAAUGGGACUGUAGUUAAGAAGCUGAAGUUGGAUCCCAAAACAGAAGCCAAAUUAGAGAACAAGUUGGAGUCUAAGUCUGAGGCUGAAGUAAACAAUGGCAGCAGAAGUAACACCACUAGCCCUCCCGUCCCCAACCCGGCUAUCACUCAACCCACAAAGAAAGAGAAAAAGGAGGCAAAACAUGCCUCCUUCCUCUCUCAAGAAUCCUCAAGUCAACAGGCCCCUGUCAGUGAGCCUGAUAGAUCUAAACCAAUGGACAUUUCCAAACCCAUGGAGGCUCCUCUGUCGUCCUCUCUGUCAUCUUCUGGCAGUCUCAGCAAUGUUAGCAGCAAGGAGAAGAAGAAGCACAAAAAGGAAAAACAAAGGGAAAAGGAACGUGAAAAGGAAAGAGAACGUGAACGAGGCAGAGAUCGUGAAAAUGAAAAAGAUAGAGAACGUGACAAAGAGAGAGACCGAAGCAGGGAUAGAGACAGGGAAAAGGAAAAAGAUAGGGAAAAAGAUCCAGAUCAAGAGGCCCUAGAUAUUGAAAUGAGGGAGAGGGAGCGUGAGUGGGAAAGAGAAAAGGCAAGGGGAUGUAACAGCAUCAUACCUCCUAAAGAAGUGGAGUUUAUUGCCAAGAACAAUGGUUCUUCAUUCAAUAAACCGUUGGUGAAGGCAACAGUUGCAACUCUGAAAAGGACAUGUCAGCCAUUUCUGCAAGAUGGCUCAUGUAGUGAGGUCACUCCCAAGCUCAUGAAGUGUCGUGAAUGUAAGAUGACUCCCACCCAACGCAGCAAGAAACUUCCCAACAUAUUCUGCAGGUUCUAUGCCUUCAGAAGGUUGCGAUAUAGUCAAAAAGGUUUCUUGACAAUAGCUGGGUUUUCUGAGUUGUCUGAUGCUGAGUAUGAUGACAUUGAGCCAUGGUUGCCUCAUACACCAGUCAUGGAGCCAAAGAUGGACAUAGAGACGUCCAAAUAUGUUGUGUCCAAAAUUGGCGAUCGCUUCUGUGAACUUGUAGAGCAGGAGAGAGAGGCACGCUCAUGGGCAGGAGAGGAAGCCAAGAUUGCAUGGAAACGUGCAGUUACAGGUGUGCGUGAAAUGUGUGAUGUUUGUGACACAACUCUCUUCAAUAUGCAUUGGGUUUGUCAUAAGUGUGGAUUUGUGGUGUGUCUGGACUGCUACAAGGUCCGAAUGAGAGCACUGAAGCGUGAGGAAGAUGAUGAGGAGAAAGAUGAGAGGGAAGAUGAGGAGGAGGAUGAUAUUCCUCCUGGUGAGGAUCAGAGGAGAUGGCUUACCUGCAGUUCUAAUCGUCAACAGCAUGAGGUGGAUAAACUCAUGCUCACCCAAAUCAUUCCACGUGAUGCCCUUUGGGAGGUUGGCAGAUUAAUCCAUGAAAUUCGUAAUAAGUGGGAUAUUCCAUCGAAGUGCUCUUGUGAUAAGUCAAUGAAAUACCCGCCAAAAAAUGGAAUUACACAGAAGUAUCUGAAUGCAUUAAACCACAUAUCAAACGAGAAGAACAGAAAAAUGGUUAAUGGUGUUGGUGACGACCAUAAGUCUCACAAAGGCAACAGGAAGCAUGAUUCUCAAGCGGUCAAUGGUAAUGUUAAGUCAUCACUUGGAGGCUACAGUCCUGACAGUUCCUCCCCACUGAGAAUGUUGGCUGAUGUUGCUUCCAUGGACUCCGAAAACAGUCGUGAGCGAAGUGAAUCUCCGUACAACAAGCGUCGUGGAGAAACUGAUAAAUAUGGGAAAGGAUACAACCCAAUCACAGAGCCAGUGUCGCCAUGUGGUCAAGGCAAUGUCGGCGAAAGUGAAAGUGACAAAAAAGGUCCAACCAGUUGCUCAACAUUACGAGAAUUACUUACAAAAACUGCCGGCAAAGUGAAAUCAGGUGGAGAAAGUAACAAAAAGCCGGCAAAGUCAAAGAACAACAAUAGCAGUACACUUGAUGAUAUUAUUCAAUCUGUUGUUGAAAAGCAGUUGCCUAGAGACGAGAAUAGUCAGCCAAUUAAAUUAAUGCAUUACAUCCCUCGUUCUGGAUAUAGUGGUAUGAUAGCAUGUGAUACACCCAUACUGGUACAUAACCUAACGGAGACUAGUGUGCUCUACCCGGAUGUUCCCCACUCCUGGUUAUGUGAUGGCCGCCUUCUCCGCCUCCAUGACCCAAAACAUAAAGGAAACUUUAAGAUCUUCCAGGAGCAGAUGAAACGUGGUCAGCCUGUGUUAGUGUCUGGGGUGGACAAUUGCUUGAACAGAAACCUUUGGAGUCCAAAAACCUUCAGUCGGGAAUUUGGUAAACAUAAGAAUGAUCUCAUCAACACCCGAAAUGGCUGUCUCAUCGUGGGUCACCCCAUGGCCACAUUCUGGGAGGGAUUUGACAAAAUCUCUGAACGUCUGGUUGAUGAUGAAGGAGAUCCAAUACUGUUGAAACUAAAGGACUGGCCACCAGGUGAUGAUUUCAGUGAUCUCAUGCCUCAGCACUUUGAGGACCUGAUGCAGGCCCUGCCUUUACCAGAGUAUACACACCGACAGGGACGACUCAACCUCGCUUCCAGACUCCCAGACUUCCUUGUCAGGCCAGACUUGGGUCCUAAGAUGUACAAUGCUUAUGGAUCUGCACUUCACCCUGAAGAAGGCACUACAAACCUACACUUAGAUGUAUCUGACGCUGUUAAUGUUAUGGUGUAUGUCGGAAUCCCUGAAGAUGAUGCUGGAGGACGUGCCUUUUAUGAAAAUGCAGCCCUUCAAGCCAUCGAUGAGGCAGGCUGCGACAUGAUCACCAAGCGUCGCGUACGUGAAGUUCACGAAGUGCCUGGUGCAUUGUGGCAGAUCUGGGAUGCAAGAGAUGCUGACAAGAUGAGAGAUUUUCUCAACAAGGUUGCUAAGGAGCGUGGCGAGGUGAUCGAACAACACCAUGAUCCCAUUCACGACCAGAGUUGGUACUUAAAUGAGCAGCUACGUGACCGACUUUACAAAGAGUAUGGUGUCUUGGGCUACACCAUCGUCCAAUGUGCAGGAGACGCUAUUUUCAUACCUGCUGGUGCUCCUCAUCAGGUGCGCAACCUCCACAGUUGUAUCAAAGUUGCUGAAGACUUUGUGUCACCAGAACACCUCAACCACUGCUUCUCUCUGACACAGGAGUUCCGUCUUCUUUCAGACACACAUUCCAACCACGAGGAUAAACUACAGGUGAAGAAUAUUGUGUAUCACGCUGUUAAGGAUGCUAUAGCUGUUCUGAAUGAAGCUGACCGAGAUGAUGAAUGAAGGACAGCAGCACCAUAUCAGCACACGGACUAUAUCUCAUUUAAAACAUAUCAAACCCCAAAAUUAUCAAGGACAGAGGAAUGAUUACAGAAAGUCUGCCUAUCUUUCUUUUCAAUUGAAAACUUGUACCAUAGAACGAGAAGAAUUGACUAUAGGGCAAAAGCCUAUGUAUAUGAUACAUACCACAAAAGGUCACUAAGGAAAUCUGUGGAAAGCAACAUGGUCAGAUUGCUUUCAGUACCUAAUGUGUUAGCCUGGAUUUAUGUGACCCUAAUAUUUAAACCACUGCCAAAGACAUGAGUGACUAUAAGAGUGCUACAAGAAAACCAGCUAGGUGAUAUAAACACUAUACACUGGUUAGAGACAGUCCAUGUGGAUAUAUACAGGUUCAGGGCCAGGGAGGAACUCUGUGAGGAGAGUUCAAGGAUUUUAAAAGGCCCUGUCAAAAGGAUUCCUGGUUCCUACAGGACCCAGUAGAAAGAAUAUCUGAAUUUACAAGGCCCUCUUAGGAGAAAUCCUGUUUCCUACUAGGCCCUUUGAGGAGAAUUCCUGUAUCCUACAAGACCUUGUGAGGAGAAUUCCUGCUUCCUACUGGGUCAUGUGGGAAGAAUUCCUGGACCUUUCAAGGCCCUGUGGGGAAAAUUCCUAUAUCCUGCGAUGCCAUGCAUCUUGGCUUGGUGAGGAUGUGAUGGCUGAAGAUUUUACUAAGCUUCACACUGGACACAAGUGAGGCCAUGUAUGGAGGCCAGGCUCUGUGAGGAUGUGUUAAGGCAAUUCGUUUGAUGGGAGGAUGUGACCUUCAUGGAUAUGACGUACAUAUCUUUAUACAACAGAGAACAUAGCAAUACAGCUGAUACUACUUAGUGUAGACACUCAAAGCUUUUUGUCAACUCUUUACUUGUUAAUGUGAUUCUAAAGUUUACUGUGUGGAGGAGUUAUCACACAUUCUGAACAGUGCCAACCGGAUAAAUACCGUUGCUUUGUUGUGAUGUUGGAAAUGUGUUGUCUUUCUUUUAUCUUAUACCAGUCCUUGUCAUUGAUGAUACAAACGUGUGGCAUGUGGAUGUAGGAAGUGAAAGGUAGUGACAUGGUUCCUUCUACACUGGGUAGCUGUUGGUACCUUAGUGAUAGAAUUGGUGGUUAGUCCCACGUUUAGCCAGUGUUACUACAGUGUGUCAGGAGUAGGCACAACAUGGUGGCCAAACUUGUGGGGAUAUGUUAUGUAAUGGGAAACCAGAACAAAGGAAUACAUCUUCCCAGGUUUGAUUGCCUUAGAUCUCAUUUAACUUUCAGGGAAAAAAAUAUAUAUUAUAAAUAUUAUUACAUGAAGUAUAUCUAUAUAUAUCUAUGUAUAUGUAUAUAGAUAUGUAUAGAAUAGUUAUCACUAUGCUGAUGACAUACUGAUAUGACCUCUAUUGACCUUUUGUUCCCAACCUGUCUCCAUGGUUACUACUACAUUGUGAAACUUUGACCCUCUGCUACAUCAUGAUAUAUGUAGGCAUUAUAUGUCAGCAGAGAAUCGCUUUCAGAUAAGGCAACUACUAACUACAUUUACGUGUAUAAAUUUGUGCUCAUUCAGAAGGUCAAUGGUCAAGGUCAUACAGUAUUUUUAAUUGUCAUCAUGAUUGUUUAAAAAGCACAAAAUGUGUGUAGCAGCUUUACUAGGUUCCCCUGUAAUAGCUAUUGUAUGGCGUGAUAGUCAGUGAUAUGUAGGUAGAUUAUGUGCUCAUUAACCAUAUGGUAAAUGGUUAAGUAUAGAUGUGAUUUGCAUAAUGUUGGUUGCUGAUUAUGAAUAUCAAUAUGAAUGCUACUUGUGUACAAUGAAUGAUAAAGAUAUAUUUUUGUUGAAAUAAAUGUGAAAAUUCAUGGAAAGUUAUCAAAAUGAAGUAUUUUUGACCAGGACAGAAAAACAUCUUGCUUCAGUUUAUUGAAUGUAUUCCUAGUACUUGUUAGGAGUAUUGGGAGUAGUUUCCUUUCACAAAUAUUUCAUUAGGAAUGAAAAAUAUGAAGUGAAAAAUGUCAAUUUUUCCAAAGCCAUAACUGCCAAUACAUGUAUGUUUUCUUUAUUCGUUAGUAUUCAGAUUCAUCAUUUGGGGCCAGCUGUCAGGAAACCACAUUAUUUUUAUUCAUGCAAAUCUUUUUCAUCCUACAGUUUAAACAAACUUCAUCAAAUUUGACAACUAGCUCUUGUUGUGUAUGCUUUUGUGGAGGACUAAAUUUUUUCAAGGGUCACAACUGCAUUUUUUGAACUGUUCCAAAUCUCCCCAUUUUCUUACUUACAUAUUCAUUCCAUUGUCCGAGACUGGGAGGGUGGGUGCACAGAUGAAGCAGGGGUGAAGACUUUAUUACAGUAGUUCCAUUGUCAGUGUAUUAGAGUUUUGGAGCUUUAUAUCCAUUGAAGGCUUGAAGAAGUAGCACAAUUUACUAAAAAUCAGCUGUGUCCCUCUAACAUCCAAUAGCUUCAUCUGGUCAUUAAUUGGAUAUUGCAUUUUGCCGUUUAUUAUUAUUAUUAUUACUAUAAUUCACUUGGGUUUUUUGAUAAACCUUGUUGUAGUUCAUUUAAUAUCACAUUUGUUGAAAAUUUCUUUGUUCAAAUUUCAAAUUUACAUUUAUUAAAAUUAUUAUUAUUCAUCACCUUUUUGUAUGAUAAGAGAUGAUUAUAUGUGAACAGAUAGAUAUAAUUGUUUCAUUGGAUGUUUACUAGCCUCAUGUAUAUAUAUAAUAUAUAUAUAUAUAUAUGUGUGUGUUUGUAUGUAACGGAUUAUUUUUUUAUGAAAUGCCAGGUAGAUGGUGUGGGGCAAUCUCACAUUGGAGCGUGUUACAACUAGACGUAGAGAUGUCCUACUAUUCUUAAUAAAACAUCCAUUGCUCUAAA